CGUGAUUGGUUUGAAAACGGAAACAAAGAAACAACAGUUACAGUGAUUGGUUUGAAAACGGAACCAAAGAAACAAUAGUUACAGCGAUUGGUUUGAAAAUGGAAACAAAGAAACAAUGAUUGGUUUGAAAACGGAAACAAAGAAACAACACAGAUAAAUAUCUUAUCUUUAUGCCACUGAAUGGUUUAGUUUUAUCAAUCAUGGCUUUCACUUCCUUUUUCCUCUUCUCCUCCCUUAUCAUCGCCGCCAUCGCUCCCUCUUUGCAUGCACAACCUAACCAGUUUUGUGAAGCUGGAAUCGGAUACGGAGACUCUUCCUGUGGAGAUUCAAUUCCAUCAUCAUCCAAGUUGUUGAUCAAAGGCGGUACUGUCGUUAAUGCUCACCAUCAACAAAUCGCCGAUGUUUAUAUUGAAGACGGUCUCAUCGUUGCUGUUAAUCCAACUAUCACUGUUGGAGAUGAGGUGCGUGUCAUAGAUGCUACUGGCAAGUUUGUUAUGCCAGGAGGCAUUGAUCCUCAUACUCAUCUAGAGUUUGAGUUUAUGAACACUGUAACGAAGGAUGACUUCUUCAGUGGCCAGGCCGCAGCAUUGGCUGGUGGGACGACAAUGCACAUUGACUUUGCCAUACCAAUUGAUGGGAGUUUAACGGCCGGUUUCGAAGCCUAUGAAAAGAAGGCGCAGAAGUCUUGCAUGGAUUAUGGUUUCCAUAUGGCUAUUACCAAAUGGGAUGAAACAGUUGCAAGAGAAAUGGAGCUCAUGGUCGAGAAAGGUAUCAAUUCGUUUAAGUUUUUCAUGGCUUACAAAGGAGCUCUUAUGAUCGGUGAUGAGCUUCUUCUACAAGGACUUAAAAAGUGCAAGUCUCUCGGUGCCUUAGCCAUGGUCCAUGCAGAAAACGGAGAUGCUAUAGAUGAAGGGCAAAAGAAAAUGAUAGAGCUUGGAAUAACUGGACCCGAGGGACAUGCUCUUUCAAGGCCUCCAGUGUUAGAAGGAGAGGCAACUGCUCGUGCUAUUCGCUUAGCAGAUUUUGUAAACACUCCUUUGUAUGUGGUUCAUGUCAUGAGCAUUGAUGCAAUGGAAGAAAUUGCGAAAGCCAGGACAUCAGGACAAAGAGUAAUUGGAGAGCCUAUUGUAUCUGGGUUAGCCCUUGAUGGUUCCUGGCUUUGGCAUCCUGACUUUGUGACUGCAGCAAAGUAUCUGAUGAGUCCCCCUAUUAGGAAACAAGGACAUGAUAAGGCCCUACAAGCUGCUCUCGCAACAGGAGUUUUGCAGCUGGUAGGAACUGAUCAUUGUGUCUUCAAUUCCACCCAGAAAUCUUUGGGAAUUGAUGACUUCCGAAAAAUUCCUAAUGGUGUCAAUGGUAUUGAAGAAAGGAUGCACCUGGUAUGGGAUAUCAUGGUGGAAUCUGGCCAAAUAUCUGUCACUGACUAUGUCCGGUUAACAAGCACCGAAUGUGCCAGAAUCUUCAAUAUAUAUCCAAGGAAAGGAGCGAUUCUUCCCGGCUCUGAUGCAGAUAUUAUAAUUCUCAAUCCAAAUUCAAGCUUUGAGGUAACAGCAAAAUCACAUCACUCCAGAGUGGACACAAACGUCUUUGAGGGAUGGAGAGGAAAGGGGAAAAUUGAAGUGACUAUAUCACGAGGAAGAGUUGUUUGGGAAAAUAAUGAAUUGAAGGUUGCUCCUGGUACUGGGAGAUACAUAGAAAUGUCACCUUUUAGUUAUUUGUUCGAUGGAUUGGACAAGAAGGAUGCUAGUUAUCUAAAUUCCCUUCAAGCCCCCGUUAAGCGAGCAAAGUCCACCGCAUAAUUUCUGUCAUCGUUGGUUAGGGAGGGGAAUAAGGUAUGUAACUCCAGUUGUUCGACCAAAUAAAUAAGAAUAAUGGAAUAAGGUAUGUAACUCCAGUUGUUCGACCAAAUAAAUAAGAAUAAUGUAUACUGGUAAGCAUCGUUCCAAUGAUGUAACGUAAAUUGCUUAUACUGUAUCAAAAUCAGUUGAGGUAAAAUUAUCCAUAGCUAUUAUAAGAUACUGUACAAUGUGUAAUAGUCAGGUUUCUAUUGAACUUGUCUCAUCUACACAAAUAUUUUACAAGUCAUAGAUCCUAGUACUUUUAAUAGCACUAUAGAAUGAUGCCUUUGAUUUGAGUGUA